AUGUCGUCGAAUCAGAAAAUUUCUGUAGCUGAAAAGACCCAAUAUAUUCAAGCAUUGCGGACCCACCAGACCAACACGUUAGUUGAGCUCCGGCGCAUCGAGAAGGUGUUUGCAGUCCUCGGCACUCCAGAUUGUAGUGAAGCUAUGACAUCGGCAUGGUCGUAUUACGUCGACUCGCAUAGCUUGCUUACUGAGCUUCGCGGACUAACAAAAAACUACCCAUUUAGUUCCGACUGCCUUGACGAAGCUAAAAGGCGCGUCUUCUCUGACCCUGCAAGCAACCGCUCGUGGAACCUAUGCUGGCUGGUCCUGAGCAAAAUUCAAAAUGAUCAACUCAUCCCAUACUAUGCGCGAUAUCAAGCUUCGCUACCGGCCAUGUGGGGUGGCCAUACACCCUCCUCCGAGCAGAUCACCCAGCUCACAAACGCCUUCAUCGCUGAAUGGAAUUGGGCGCUGAGCCAAAUGUUGCGCCAUUGGGAGCAUCCGCCUACGCGAUGA